AUGGCAGAACAAACUUCAAAUAAUAACAAAAUUUUAAAUGCAAUUAUUUUUAUCAAAUAUGCAAGACAUACAGUCGAAAUAAUCACAUUUAUAAUAGUUAUUUUAUAUGCCAUACAACUUUGGAAAACCAUUAUACAUAAUUUAGAUGAACCAAUUACUACUAUAGAAGAACAGUAUGGUUCUAUUGGUGAUAAUAGUGCACCUUUUCCACGUGACUCUGGAAUCGGCUGCCAGAAUUUUACCCAGGAUUUGUAUAUUCUAGAUAAUAGAUUUAAUGAAUUUAGUGGAUUAUUAGAUAGUGGAUUAUUAUAUUAUGUCGGUCCAUAUUUCAGUUCAUCUGUUUAUGGAAUACUUAUUAAUAUAUCAACUAAAAGCCCACCAAACUCACAUCAAGAUUACUUUGAUUACUUUGAGCUUACUAUUAAUAUGAACGAGACUAUAUUGAAUGAUAAUCAGUAUAAUUAUUAUUUCAAUGCUAAACAUCCAAUACCACGUGGCCAAUUGCUUGUUUUAGAAUUUUCUAUAAGAUUCAAAAAGUUUUAUAAUGAUCAAGCAAACGGCAUGUUUGCUUUAAGCCCUGAUACACUUUAUGGAUAUAUCGAAUUUAAAGAAAAGAAAGUAUUUCCUCUAAUAAAUGCUUCAUAUUCUAUAUUGGAAUUGGUACCUGCUAUGCCUCCUUUUCGUCUCGAUAAAGUAAUUUUUCAAAAACAUUUGAUACUAUGUUAUCAGAGUUUGGAGGCAUCUUUAGUUUUUUUUGCCACAUUAUUAAUAUACUUGUUUGGUGAUUCAAAACUUAAUCCAUG